UGCUCCUCCGAAAAGGGCCCCCCUCCAUGCCUCAUGCUUUCUUUGCCAAGACCCCCCUCCCUUGGUUUGCCACCGGUGGACCCUCCGCUUCUGAUUUCCCUGCCUUUGCCAGCGCCUCGCUUGCUUUGCCUUCCCCUCACCCUUGCCUCGUCCGGGGCCAGCGCCGCUACCGGCUCCGGCAACGCCUCCGCCUCUCCUCCAGCCACUCCGGUGGAGCCAGCCUCCUCCUCUCCAGAACAGCAGCCAGCUCCCCAGUCCCAUUGAGUUUCUCAGGGGAGUCGAUCCUUUGCUUGGGAAAAAAAAGCACCAGGAGCUGUGAGCGGCCGGUGCUUCUGCAAAGAGGGCUGCAAGCCAGCGGCAGCAGCGCGGGUGUCAGGAUGGGGAAGUUACCAUUGAGGACAGCAGCAGUUGUUUGCUUGCUGUUGAUCUGUUCAGUUAGUUGCCAGUAUGACUGCAGGAAAGAAAGCAAUAUGCACAAGCCAGUAAUUUCAACCAACUCUUCUGCCUACAAGCUGGUGUGUUAUGUCACUAACUGGGAUCAAUACAGGAAAGGAUCAGCCAAGUUCACACCAGAUAAUGUAGACCCUUACUUGUGUACCCAUCUGAUCUUUGCUUUUGCUGGCAUACAAAAUAACCAAAUUACUACUACAGAAUGGAAUGAUGAAUUACUUUACAGGCAGCUCAAUGCCUUAAAGAAGAAAAAUAACAUGCUGCUCACAUUGCUGGCUGUUGGAGGAGGCACCUUUGAUAAUGAGAAGUUCAUCACCAUUGUAUCCUCUCCAACAAAUCGCCAGAUAUUCAUCACAUCAGUGAUAAACUUACUCCGAACAUAUGGUUUCGAUGGUUUGGAUCUUGACUGGGAAUAUCCUGGUUCCAAAGGGAGCCCCCCAGAGGAUAAACAUCGCUUCACUGUUUUGACUCAGGAAAUCUCAGCUGCUUUUAGGAAGGAAAGUGAAGCAACAGGAUGCCCACGACUAUUGCUUUCUGCAGCAGUGGCUUCCAACAAAUAUACCAUUGAUGCUGGAUAUGAAAUUGCAGCCCUUGGGAAGAGUUUGGAUUUUAUUAAUGUGAUGACAUAUGACUUCCAUGGAAGUUGGGCACCUGUAACAGGACACAACAGCCCUCUCUAUAAGGGCUCACAUGACUAUGAUCCAGUUCCUUUCUACAACUGCGAAUAUGCCAUGAAAUACUGGAAAGACAACGGAGCCCCUCCUGAGAAACUCAUGAUGGGAUUUCCAACAUAUGGACGAUCCUUCAAACUUUCUGGUACAGAUACUGGAGUUGGUGCUUCAGCCUCUGGUGGAGGCUCUCCUGGAGCCUAUACCAGGCAGUCUGGUAUCUUGGCAUAUUAUGAGGUCUGUGAUUUUUUAAAUGGAGCUACCAAGGCAUGGAUUGAAGAGCAGAAAGUUCCUUAUGCUUUCAAAGAUGGUGAAUGGGUUGGAUAUGACAAUGAAAGGAGUUUUCAGUUAAAAGCUGAGUUCUUGAAGAGAGAACAAUAUGGAGGAGCUGUGGUUUGGACUCUUGGCAUGGAUGAUUUCUCUGGCACCUUCUGUGGUCAAGGACCCAAUGUCCUUGUUAAUAAACUAAAAGACACCUUCAAAAACUGAGGCCCAGUCUGUCUGAAGAAGCAUCUGUCAGCUCUCAUUUGUUCCUGCUGUAUUUCUGAUCUCAUUUUUGGAGGAUCUCUGGAUACCACUACCAGCAAUGGCAUGAUGGACAGCUAUUGGAAGUCUUUUCAAUACUGGUCACCAACUCUGGAAUACCUUCCCAAAGGAGGUCUGCUUGACAUCACAUUUCUCAUUAAUUGUACUUAGUUGUCAGACUCAAACCUUCUAAAAAAUUUUGGCAGGCAUUUGGUAUUUCAUAUUAAAACAAAACAAAACAUUGCAUUUUAUUGCUGGCUAUUAUGGAUUUUGUUGAUUUGCUUUUAUUUUUGAAGUCUGAUUUGUUUGUUUUUAUAUUUAUAAACAAUGUCAAGGACAUUGCUACUUAAGUGUUAAAUGAAUAUACUGAAUAAAAUGAAUUCUCAACAAA